GGAAGAAACUGCUCGACCAUGAUGGAACCCUCGGCCUCCACGUCUGCGGUGCCUCCCCCUGCUCCGGCCACUGUUGCAGGCCCCGCCGCAGCAGGUGGAGAAGGCACUACCACUAGCCCGGCGCCGGUCCCCGCCUCGGAGAUGCUUCGCCAAAUCUCUACGCAGUUUAAAACUCAGAUUUCGCAGGUGCAGAUGCCCCCAGCCAUCAAGGAGCGCACGGACGAGCUAGAGCGUCGCAUCUCGGGCACAGACAUCGCGCGGAUUAAUGGAUACAUGCGGCUAGUCAACUUGGUUUUUGCUGGAUUCCUAUGGGUCUUGUGCUUCUUCCGCAUGUUCCAAGCUCCCAGUUACUCGCACUUCCUAGUGUGCAUCUACAUCAUGUUCUUGAGUGCUGGACUCGCGUUCAUCGAGAACCACGAACGCUUCCCGUCUGUGGCCGACCGCGUCAAGGUUAACUUUGGCUUCAUGUUCUCGGCCACGGGCAAGGCGUCCUACAUUCUCUGCAUCGCGUUCCUGGCCGUCUCGCAAGGCUGGAUCGGCUGGAUUCUCGGCGUGUGUUUCUUCUUCUUGGCUCUUUUCAACUUCUUCCUCAUCCACCGGCACCCGGCGUACAAGCAAGCGAUGAUGCAGCCGACGGGCACUGCCACGACUGCGCAACAACAGGAGGAAGCGGAUCUUGAAGCCAUGCCGGAACUGCGUUAUAACCAGAAGCAAGCACAAGUUCCCGUGUCUGGAACGUCCACUGCCAACAAGGCUCAGCCAUCUCACGUGUCGGUCUAGACCAAGAUGGCUACACCUGCACUGCUAGGACACGAAGAGAACUAAGUUGCAUGGUUAUAUAUCAGUUUUUUUUUCGCAUCACUUUGUUAAAUUUCAAUUG